CCUCUCCUUCUCUGCUUCUUCUUUGCCUCUUUCGCUCGCCUUCGUUCCUCCCUCGUCCUCGUCAUCUGUUUUUUUCUCUAAUGGCGUCGGCGGCCUGUUUCAUUCCUCUCUCAACCACCUUCAGCUUCUGAAGGGACUUAUUUGCUUCAUCUGAAGAGGAAAGAUCUUUCCUCUCUGUUUUCUUCGCCGCCGGUAUCUCAUCUUCAGUUCUUCGCUUUGUUCCUCGUCGGUUUCCCAAUAAGAUCCUUGCAUCGAUCUUGAGUCCAGAGAGAGAUGUUAGAUCUGGUGGUUUAAAGUCCGAGCAUACUUGGAUAAGAUGACUUCUUGAUGGUAUUUUCGUAGUUCCAUUGGAUUUCAUUUUUCCGGCUUCUUCGGUUUCGGUUUGGAUCUCCUCUUGGCGGUGGGCGAGAGGAAGAUAGGCAAUGGAGAAGUCCCCGAGAGACUUUUUGCGUAGAUUCGUUGGUAAUAGUUUCGUGGGCGAGCCAACAGAGGUGACGGAAGGGGACACCGGUGAGAUCGAACUCAGCCUCGGUCUCUCCUUGGGUGGGUGCUUCGGCGCCGACCCCAAGGGGAAAAAGCUGGUCCGUUCUUCCUCCAUCGUGUCUUUUUUGACGCUGCCGAGGGAGCCGGAGUUCCCGGCUGUCUCCGCCACCGCCUUGACGAGGACGAGCUCUCUGCCAACGGAGACGGAGGAGGAGCUGAGGAAGCGGAAGCAGAUACAGAGCUUGAAGAGGUUGGAGGCGAAGAGGAAGAGAUUAGAGAGGAAGAACUCCGUCAGGUCGGGGAAGCCCGGCGAUAAUCCGGACGAGGAUGUCAGCGGAGGGAAAGGCUUAACUGCAUCGGCUUCCGAGCAGACGGUAGCUAACAAUGUCCACCUUGGAUCGAAAGGCGGAAGCUACCUCUGCACGAGAAAUGGCGUUACGCGGCAUGGCCGACCAACUUGGGCGGUGGCACAGCCUCUUAAAAUGGCUGCCACUCGGCCGGCAGACGUCCCCGUGGCUUUUCCUCCGAUCUCGCAGGGGUCUAUCGGAUCUCAGGGGAGCUGCAUCAGCUGCACGGCCGACUUAGAAACCGCAGCUUCUCAAGGGUCGCGCUCCUCAAUGCUCCACUCCGCAGGCAAUUCCAACAAGAACAAUGACACAGCAACAAAUCCUCCAGCUUCAUGCGCCGGGAAAACUCAGCUCAGCCCGCGAAGUGAGGAUAGAGCACGGCCGAAGGCAGCUGGCCCAAGAGCAAACGGCGCGAAGGAGAUGGAGAGGAAGAUGAUGGAGAAGAUGCCGUUCGUGUCGACGCAAGGGGAGGGUCCUAACGGGAGGCGAGUGGAAGGGUUCCUGUAUAAGUACCGAAAGGGGGAAGAGGUGAGAAUAGUGUGCGUGUGCCAUGGCAGCUUCCUCACCCCGGCAGAGUUCGUCAAGCACGCCGGCGGCCUCGACGUCACCAACCCUCUCCGGCACAUUGUCGUCAACUCCUCCCCCUUCGCAUUGUGACAUCGAUUUAAUUUCCUCUCCGAACUGGUACUAAAUGGAGAUGUUUUGAUUUACCCUCGACUUCUUCCGAUCAUAGGAAAGUCAAUCUCAAAAUCUUUUAGAUUUGAUACAAAACUCGAUCUGCUGGAUUCCGUCAGUGAUACGCCUAAUCUUUCUGUUUAACGUAGACAUCGAGCAACUCGAUUUCCUCGAAGGCACGCCUAAUCGCAGAAGCAACGAGCAGGCACGUCUUUUAUUUUUUGUUUUUUUGCAACUAUUUCCAUGGGAAAUGUAAAUUGUAUUUUAUUUAAAAGUUGAUAAAAGAAGUUUUUUGGUUAUUUAA